AUGUUCUGCACCUCUUGUUCAUGUACACUAUCCCGUAAAAGCUUUGUACUUGAGGGCAAACUUUACAAAACAUGCUCUGAAUGCUUGAUCGCUAAGAGAACCAUUAAAAGUGACAGCACCAAUAUUGAAGAUACUUCUAUAAAAAAAAUUUCUUUUAAAAAAAUUAGUGAUUAUAUAACUGAUAGCUUAGAGUAUAAUAAUAAACUUCAUAUUAAUUUUCGCAUUAUACUUGAAGAAGAAAUACUUAACAUUGCUGAUAUGAAUAUUAAACUAAUGGCUAAAUUGAUUGUCGAUGAAAUCGAAAAGGCAGAUGUUUAUAAUUGGACUGUUAUUAGUGUUUAUGUUUCUCAUUUAAAAAGUGGAUAUUUAUUGUUGAUAAAAAAAUAG